AUGGAAAGUAUGAAUAUUCAAGAGGCUGGAGUUAUUCGUUGUUGUUGUCAAUGUCCUAUCUGUAUGAAAGGAACAUUCUUUCAAACAAAAAACCCCAAAAUGAAAACAACACGACUAGUUUUAUUGAUAUUAAAGUCACUUAAAGUACUAAAACCAGAAAUUGAAUAUUACUCAUUAGUCAAAGACAUCCUCCCAUUUAUCAAUAACCAUUUGCAAUUAUUUCAAAAUUUGAAAAUCUUCAAAAAUGGAAAAUGGAGAAAAUCAAUAUUAGAUGCAUUAAAUCAUUCAGCACUAGUUGAGUCAGGAAGAGAAGUAUGUAAGAAUAGAGGAUUCUAUAAAUUGAAAGAAGAUGAAGAAGAGAAUAAAAUGAUAAUUGAAAAGAAUAAAAUAAAAGAUGAAAUGAGUAAUAGUCUUGAGCUUUUAGAAAAUGAACUCAAACGAAGUUUGAGAUUAUUAGAAGAAAUUAAAAUGAUACAAGUAAAUGAAAUUGAAAAAAAUGAAACUUCAUUUAUUUGUGAGUCAAAACGUACAAGUAUUGAUAUUAUUCACAACCUUCAAUUAUCAUUGUAUCAUCUUAAUUAA